GGAUGAGUAGCGAGUAGGGUAAGUGAUCUCACUGAAAUCAACAAUUUUAGAUCAUUAUAUAUCAUCCCCAACUUCUCCAGAGGAGAGCAUGUGGAGCACCCAGAGGAGAGCAUGUGGCAUGGGCGCGGGCCGUGCGCCAGCAGCCCGUCGUCGACUGGAGGCCAGUAGUAUGGAAGACCCGAGCCGGCUGGAGCUAGGCUGCUGCCGCGCCCUUCACCUUCUGUCUGGUACUGUCACUGCAAGCACCUCCAUUGUGACCAACAAAAUUGUGCAUAAUCACGCCUUUGAACCUCAAAACCUGACUUUCACAAAAAAGAGAUGUAUAUAUAUUUAAUGAUUUCAUAAAAUAAUUGCACCCAAGCGAGUGUACGGACAGAGAAGAGCCGGCCGAGUGGUGUGUGCUGCGAGCCACAAUGAUGGUAAUCUAUGAGCUCCUGCAGGCGUGACAUGGAGCUGUGGGCUCACAUGAUGGCUAUAUAGGUACUGCAGGAGUGUGGAGCAGGUGGAGGUGUGGUCGAAGCCCGCCACAGCUGUCACUCUGGAUCAAUACUACCAGCCUCUCUUGUCUCGCCUCACAGCCGCAUCGCCGUCUUCAGUACUACUGUAGUGUGGACGAGGAUGCGGGUGGUGAGCCUGGGCGUGUGGGUGUUCGUCAACCUGGUGUUCCUGGGGAUGAGCGCCUACCUCUACCUGCUGUGGGUGCAGUAUUGGCGCUACGUCGACGCCAAUACUUUCCAGCCCCUCGUCACCAACUACACCUCCGCCACGGCUCUACAUAACAAAGUACGAGAAAUCGAGGUCCGGGCGGGGAAACCUAGAUUCUACUCCCGGCGCCAGGAGGCGGGACCGCCGCCACCGCCGCCGCCCUCGCCCCCACGCUCGCCCACCCACGCCCCCAACAUCACCACCACCACGCCCAUGACCAGGGAGCAGCUCCUGAAGGCCAUUGAUAGGCAUAAAAUGGAUGUCAUGGUCCGACUACGUAAAGAACAGAUGCGGGAGGGGAAUAUUCUCAUCAAGCAUAAGAACAAGUAUGGCGUUAACUACAAGGGGCCCAGAAUCCGGGGAAACCCAUCCAAGGAGCAGAUGCUGUGUGCCUUCCGCGGCGCCUCCUUCAGGUCCCUGCGGGAUGGGGACGAGCCCUUCACCUCGCAGGGGGUGGCCAAGCACUUCCCCAGCACGGGGCUGCUGGAGGGCCGCUAUUUCAACACGUGUGCCGUCGUCACCAACGCCGGCGCCAUCAAGGGAGCCCAGCUGGGCAACUUUAUAGACUCUCAUGACGCCGUCAUUCGCUUCAACCACGCUCCAACUGAGGGCUUCCAGCACGACGUAGGGUCGAGGACAACCUUGAGAAUCGUCAACUCUCAGGUGGUGACCAAGCCCAUGUUUGACUUCUGGGGUUCCCCGCUGUACUCUGGCACGGCGCUACUGGUCUGGGACCCAAGCAAUUAUAAUGCUUCUCUGGAGGAGUGGUACACGGCUCCGGAUUUCGACUUCUUCCCAGUGUACUUCCGUCGACGGCUCAUGCUGCCGCAGGAAGACAUGCACCUGCUACACCCGGCCUCCCUCUGGCGGGUGUGGGACGUCAUCCAGCGCCACACCAACACCCAUGUCCUCCCCAACCCGCCCUCCUCGGGCUUCCUCGGUAUAGUGCUGAUGCUGGCCCACUGUGAGACGGUGAGUGUGGUGGAGUUCGUUCCGUCACUCAGACAGACAGAAAAGUGCCACUACUGGGACGCCUUCAACAACCCCAUGUGUACCUUUGGUGGCUGGCAUCCGCUGGCCACCGAAAAGCUUCUGGCUUUCGCCCUCAAUGAGGCCACUGAUGAAGAAACUUUCGGCAAAGGCUACAUCAGGAUACCCGGCUUCAGGUCCCUUACAUGUUCCUCUCAAGACCCGCCUAGAUAAGUAAGCCAUAAAGUUGUCACACAAGACAUAAAGAGAGCGACAGCUGUGGUAAAACAUUCAUGAUUUCUACACCAGCCGGAAUUUGUCUCCGUCAAUAAGGAAUAAGGAACAUUUACAUCAUGGUCUUCAGGGGACUUACUGCAACAGCAGCAUCUCCCGUUACUACCAGAGCCUUCUUCAGACUCACUUGAUUAUCAUAACCUUCAAAAAAAACAAUUAUAUUAAAUCGUUCCUCAUUAACAUCUAGACCAUUUGUCAUUGUUGGUGGUUUGCAAGUGCCUAUAUGCUAUUGCUUGUAUUAAUUGUACAGAAUAUUUCCUAUGGAUAGUCAUGCACUGAUGAAAAGAUAAUUAUUAUCAUCCAUCAACAUUAUAAAUAAUAUCUGCCUUAACAUGAAAAGUGUAAUUGCUCGUUUUUACCAUUGCUGUACAUGGACAUGUGCUAUAUACAUUAAUCUUAUUAUACAGUAUUAUAUAUAUAUUAAAUAUACUUGUUAAUAAAUAUUGUUAAUUGAUAUAAACGUCUCCAUUAUCCAAUAAAAAUGACUAUUUA